ACACCACUGAACCCACUUAAUUUCAGUAAAUAAAAAAAUGUUUCAAAUAACAGUGCUAAUAGGAGCUUUGACGGUUGUAACUGUUAAUAGCAUACCUUCGUUACCUGUUAACGAUCCAUUGAUCGUGGAAACAACUGGCGGCAUUCUUCGUGGAGAACGUUUGUCCUGUGGCCUGCUCUGCAAUUAUUUCAGUUUCAAGGGUAUACCUUAUGCUAAAGCUCCCGUUGGUGAAUUGCGUUUCCGUGCACCACAACCACAUGAAGGUUGGGAAGGGAUUCGCAAUGCUAAUGAGCACACAGUCUCGUGUCCACAAAAUGUGCCAUUAGUAAAUAACGAGGAUGAAGAUUGCCUAUCCUUAAAUGUUUACUCGCCAAAUAUGAAUGGACGCAGACCGGUUAUGGUGUGGGUGUAUGGUGGUGCGUUUGCACUCGGAAGUGGAGAUUCUUCUAUUUAUGGUCCAAAUUUUAUCGUUGCUGAGGAUGUUCUCAUGGUGUCAAUGAAUUAUCGAGUGGGUGCAUUGGGAUUUUUGAGCACUGGCGAUAAGCAUGCACCAGGAAACUAUGGAUUGAAGGAUAUUGUUUUGGCAUUAAAAUGGGUUCAGGACAACAUUGCCCAAUUCGGUGGCGAUCCAGAUAACGUAACGAUUUUCGGUGAAUCAGCUGGUGGUGCAGCAGCUCAUUAUUUAAUUCUUUCACCUUCAGCCAAAGGACUCUUCAAGAGAGCUAUUUCACAAAGUGGGUCAGCUUUAAAUCCAUGGGCAUAUCAAACGCAUCCCGAAAAUGUUGCACAUCAAUUAGCUAAAGAUAUGAACAUAACAUUUGUUGACAAUGAAGACUUGAUCAGACAGCUCCGUCAAGUAAAGCCAAUCGAUAUGAUUCGAGUGACACCCGGUGUUUUACAGUUUCAAAUACCUCGUGGCCUUACACCAAUUCCAUUCGUUCCUUGUCGUGAUCCCGCAAAUAUCGAUCCGUCCGAAGUGUUCCUUACCGGUGAACCGAUUGAUUUGAUGAAUUCUGGUACAUUUAAUCAUGUGCCAUACAUAACUGGUUUCAACGACGCAGAAAGUCUAUUCCAAGUCAUUGAGGAAAUCCUGGAUCCAAAUGUAUUCAAUGUGUUCAAUGAAAAUCCGCAUAUCCUGAUCCCGUUACAGUGGAAUGUUUCCGCCGAUUCUCCGGAAUCUAGAAGCAUGGUUAAUGAAAUUUCGCAGUUUUAUUUUGAUGGACGUCCAUUGUCUACAGCAAACCGAUAUGAAUACACUCAAUACAACACAGAUUUAAUGUUUGCUAGGGGAAUCGAUAUGACGGCCAAUAUUCAUUCGAAAAAACAGGUGGAUCCCGUAUUUUACUAUAAGUUCAGCUUUACAGGAGUUUUGAAUUUCCUGAAAAACUUGCUAUCGUUAAACCGCUAUCCUGGAGCAGUUCACGCUGACGAACUUGGAUAUUUGUUCCAAAUCACCAGCAUACCAGCGCCAAUUUUACCAACCAAUCCUGCUGCUCGUAUGAGUCGUUUAUUGGUUCGGUUAUGGACCAAUUUUGCUAAAACUGGCCAACCUACGUCACUCAAUGAUCCGAUUGCUUAUGUUCAAUGGCCCCGAGUCUCCGGAAAUCAACAAUAUCUUGAACUUGGAUCGAAUGUACAAGCUGGAACGAAUCCACAUGGUGAACGUUUGCGUUUUUGGAAUGAUUUGAGAGCUAGAUACAACUGAAUAAAUGAUUGAAGAUAAUUGAUG